AAUCCACGUCGGCAUCGAUCGAUCGGGGGGGGGGGGGGGCUGAUGGGGGCGGUCAAAACCUCAAAGAAACAAUUGGUAUUGGUACAAUUGAUAAUGUCUUUCAAAACAAUUGGCUGGUGAUAUUUGCCAAUUUUGGGAAUUUGAAAGAGGAUACAAUUUGCAAUUAAGCUAAAAAAAAUUGGCUCAUACUCGAUAUAUGGCAUGGGGCUCAGUCGGCUCACCCAUAUCAGCAUAAUAUAUUAUGGGCGCGGCUCGCUCGCUGGUACUUUAUGGUCGAUAUCAUUCGAGAUCGAGAGAGAGCUAGAGGAGAGUGACGUGUUAAGAUGGUUGACGUGCGGGAGGAUUGAAAUGAAUGUAUGGCUUCGCUGUGGCUUCCCAUUCUUUACUGCAUUUUGUACAUCUGUACCGUGUUGGUAAACAAGUAUGUGCUGUGGGUCCUUGGAUUCACCUAUCCAACCCUCUUUCAAGGUUGGCAAACCCUUAUUGGGUUUCUGGUGCUUCGAUUUGUUGCUUCCCUUGGUCACAUUGAGCUUAGCAGCAACAUCAGUUCAUCUGCAUACUUUCAAUGGCUUCCUGCAAUGGUUCUGUUUGUGUGUGGGAUCUAUUCAGGAUCAAGGGCACUUGCAAGAUUGCCGAUUCCUAUCUUUCUUUGUCUGCAAGGACAAGUGGAGGUGAUAACAUCAAUAGUAGCUGCCUUGAUUCAUAAACAGAAUCCCAAGCCACAGGUAGCUUGUAGUUGGCUAAUUAUGACUGCUUCUGGUAUUACAAUAUGGCUGACAGAUCCACAGUAUGACCAGAGUGGCUACAAGUGGAUGUUUCUACAUGUCAUUGUCUCAAGUCAAAGUGCAAUAUAUAUGAAAUGGCAGAAAACAUUUCUUAUGAAUGAUGUAGAUAGACUUCAUUGUAUUUAUGCCUUCAGUGUUUGUGUGUUUGCUCCAGGCAGCUUUAUAUUAGGUGAUCUUAUGUCUUCAUCCAAUUUUCGCUUCUGGUAUAUGCAUCACUUCUAUGUAGGCUGCCUAAUGAGUGGUAUCUUAGGAGUAACCUUGGCUUUAUGUCACCUGUACAUGAAGCAGGUAUUUCCAGACUUUGUUCUCUCUCUCACCAUCUCUGCAUCCAAGAUCUUGUGUGUGGUUAUUUCUACUCUCAUCUACCUCACAGUUUUUAAUACUCAUUUUUUCCUAAGCAUAUUCUUUUGCCUUGCUGGUCAGCUCAUCCACUCUAUUGCAAAGCAUGAUGGGAGUGUCGACAGGUUAUCCAGUCAUAUCGACGAUGAUGAUCUGAUCGGGCCUAAACUGGAAAAGGAGCAAGCAUAGUCUAUGUUUGAAUCAUUGUCAUACGCACAACUUGCCUUUAAGUCAGUACCUAUUCUUGUACCUGGGAUGAAGCCAGUAGUUUGCCAUGUUAGUAAGAUGUUCUUUAUUGAAGCUGUAUUAAUUUCAUGUAGUUGUCAUAAGGGUUCCACCCUUUGGGAAUUUGUUAAUCUGGAUUUUAAAAAAGUACACAAGACUUAGCAAAACUGAUUAAAUAUUAAAAAUCAAAUGGGAUGAGGACAUUUUUUCCUUGUGUUUCAGUCAAAUUUGGCCAUCUUUCAUAUUGGCGGAUAAACGGGGUGUUGCAAAAAAAAACAUGCGAUUGAUUGUAAGUUAAAUCAAUUUUAGGGCCCAAAAUCGAUUGAAAGUCAUGUACUUCAUUGUAAAUUUGCAAUGGAUUGAUGGUCCCUCUCUUGCAUCAAGAAAUAUAAAUCGAUUUGCUUUACUUAAUAUUAAUUUAUCACUUCUAAAUUUGCAUCUGAAAUAUUUAAUUGCUUGCAAUUAUUUUCUUGCAACACGACCUAAAUGCGAAAUUAGUUUAAUAUGAAAGGCUUUAUAAACAAUUUUGAUGAUAGUGUUACACUAAAUCUGUGAUAUGAUAUUAAAAUGACUUGUGGCUCUUCUUCAUAGUAUCAUUACAUGUAGUUAUGAAGUUGUGUAUUUGUUUUCCCACUGCUUUAUGACAGAAUUCUCAAUACCCUGUAUUGUGAAUCUGCUUUUAGUAAGAAAUUAUCAUAAUUAAUCAAAAGAAAACAUAUUUGCAUUUGAUUGACUUAAAUUUAUUAUCUUUUAACUCAUAAUGUCAAUAAGCAUUGUAAUGAAAGUUUGAAAAUGCACAUCAGCAUCUUUUUUUUGAGAUAUUGAAUUUUAAUUCAUGUUAUAUCCAUAUUUACUUUGUUCAAAGUAUGGUAAUACAUUGAAUGUUGCCAAUUUGAGGAUCAUAGGCAGAUUGAACUCGACCUAGUGAGAGAUUUGUGUCUCUAUGGGUUAAAGUAAUAUGAGAAUCAAUUAUUGAUAAAACAUUUGUGAAACAAAGAACUUGCAUUUAUAAGAGUUCUUAUUUGAGGAUUAUAUGGUAGUUGAUCUAAAAAAAUAAAAACUCUUGAGAGUAGCUUCGAAUGCGUUUCUAGACUGCUAGGUUUGUUUUAUCAUGUCAUUAUAAAACAUUAUCUCUCCAUUAUUUCAUUUUUAUCAAUUUAAUAAACUUAUCGGUGAUGCCUGGGCCUUGAUCAUCAGUGCGAAUCUAUGGCAUAGUGUUGUAUAAUUCUUAUAUGAACUCUCUGGUCUAUGGUUAGGCAUUGCGAUGCAUACAUAUUGGCAAAAAGAAACUUAAUUUAUCACAUAAGAUAUUUUAUAAGAUGGCAAUGUAUUAUUGUUAAACAUCGUAAUAUAGGGUUGAGUAAUAUAUGUACAUUUUUGUAAUUAUGUAUAAUACUGUAGCAAUAUGGAUGGACAAUAUUCUAUACUUAUCUGGAAUAUUUUUUUAUACAGAGAAUUUCAAUCCUAUUUUUCAUAUUACAUUUUCUUUUAUGUAUAGAGAUGUACAUGUACUGUAUAAGCUGGGAUGGUGGAAGCUGUUUCUGACAAAAUAAUCAGUUUUAAAUGUAGAAAAUUCAA